UCCCGAAGGGGACGCGUAUGCAGGACGCGUCUACCAAGCUUAGUAUCUCACCCUCACCACUCGUAAGCCAUGGCCAGACGUUACGAUAGUCGAACAACCAUUUUCUCACCGGAAGGUCGGUUAUACCAGAUCGAAUAUGCCAUGGAAGCCAUCUCUCGAGCAGGAACCGUCCUCGGUGUCCUCGCCAAAGACGGAGUCGUCCUCGCAGCAGAAAAGAAGGUGACAGGAAAGCUGCUCGAUCUGUCUGGUGUCAAGGAAGGUGGCUACGGUGGAAGUGGAGAGAAGAUAUACCUCCUCAACUCAAACAUAAUCGGUGGUGUCGCUGGGAUCACAUCCGAUGCCAACUCUCUCGUCAACUACGCACGGUCAGCAGCCCAGAGGCAUCUGUUGACGUAUAACGAAGAUAUUCCUGUCGAGUUGCUGGCGCAGAGGAUGUGUGAUAUGAAGCAGGGAUACACGCAGUAUGGAGGUCUCCGGCCUUUCGGCGUUUCCCUGCUCUAUGCAGGCUACGACCCGCACUACCAAUUCCAGCUAUACCACUCCGACCCAUCUGGUAACUACUCUGGCUGGAAAGCAACUUGCAUCGGAGCGAACAACGGGACUGCCCAGAGUCUGUUGAAGCAGGAAUACAAAGACGAUAUGGAGGUGAAGGAUGCGAUUAGUUUGGUGCUGAGAACGAUGAGCAAGACGAUGGAUAGCACGACGCUAGGAAGCGAGAAGCUGGAGUUUGCAGUCUUGACGCUAGACCCUACGACGAAGGAGCCCAAGGCGAAGAUAUACAGGCCGGCUGAGAUUGAUGCGCUGCUAGAGAGCGAAGGGCUAGCGAAGAAGGACGAGGACGCUACCAUGAGAUCCGUUUGAAAAGUGUAUUUGCUAAUAACAUUUCCUGAUUCUACCAAGAUCGCCGCAUACACUGGAAUCCCCAAUCUGUCGACGGAACGAUGAGGGAAUAUUAUAAUCAAUCUAUUCAGCAUGGUGAACUUUCCACGGCACUAAUUUUCGUGGUCAUUCCCAUUGACUGCUAGGCCCUCUGAUCAUACUCUUCC